UGCUGGUGCCGCGGGGCGGGUCCGGGCUGGGGGGCUGCGGUUCCCUGCGCCUCCGCCCCGCCGCAGCGGGGGCGGGCGGGGGCUUCCUGCCGCCGCCUGGCAGAGCCGCCCGCGCCGCGCCAUGGAGCGGCCCCGGCUCCCGCUGCCCCGGCUCCCGCUGCCCCGGCUCCUGGCCGCCGCAGUGCUCGUGGAAUGCUGUGCACGGCUUUGCCCAUCCCUGGGCAGCGGGACAGGCUCCACCCUGAGCGCUGCCGACCCCUGCGCCCACCUGGGCCCCGCGACGAGGGAGCGCUGCCAGACAGGUCGCCCGCAGCGAGGAGCUGGCACAGGGCAGGCGCCCACACCAGGGGCUGUGGGGCACCUGUGGACUGAGGCUGAACUGCUGCCCUCCCCUGGGACCCCCUCCGGGCCAGACGAGCUCUCCAGCCCGCAGGAGAGCCCCAGGCCGGGAAGGGAGGGGGCAGUGUGGGGUGGUACAAACAGAGAGCCCCUGGGGCCCUCGGCCUCUGCAGGCAGCACUGAACAGGCAGCAGGCAGGGAGCAGCCAUCCCCUGCCAGCCUGGGGCUGGCCAGUGCAGGGGCCCCAGCACACACAGAUCCUGCAGCCACGCAGCCCCCGGGCACUGACCCUGCAGGACAUGGGACCUCAGAAGGUGCCACCACUGUGCAGGGGACACCUUCACAUUCACCACCCUCUGCGACAGUGCCAGGUUCUGCCAGGGGACAGUGGAGGGCCAGCAGCACCCUGCUGGGAUGGAGGGCCACUGGGCCAGUCCUUGUGCAGAGCCAGAAUGGCCCUGUCCAGCUGGGUGACAGCAGCCCAGGGACCCGCCCGAGCACCGUGCUGGCCCCUGACAGCUCAGCACCAGGGACAACAGGGACAUCAACCUUUGCUGGGGGGCUGCAGAGGCUGCUGACCCCCACAGGGACACUGCAGAGGACACACUGGGGGCUGUCAGGAGGACAGGGCUUUGCUUCCCGCCCCCGCUCUGCCCCUCGCCCCUCUGCACUGUCCCCUGGGCCUGGUGGGGGCCCUGUGGCCAGCACAGCCUGGCCAGCAGUGAGGACAGGCCCAGCCUUGCUGCCUGCCACACACAGGGGCUCAGGUCUGCCUCUCCCCACCACCAUGGCCAGCACCCCCGGGGGGACAUCUCCUGGCAGGGGAGAAGCCCUGGACCUGACCACAGGGGUCUUGGGCCCACCUGACAGGGAGGGUCCCCCUGAGCCCAGUCACAACCCCCUGAGCCCUUCAGCCAUCCCGGGACAGCCCUCUGCUCCCCUGGCCCCUGGCAGCACUGCUGUGGCACAGGCUGGGGUGACACACACCAGUGCUGGAUCCUCCCACAUCCCCCCGUCCCCAGAGUCUGCCCCAGCCCGUGGCUCUGCAGUGACCCUGCUGUCGACCCCGCUGCCUUCCCCAGGGACCGGCUGGGGGCUCCUGGGAUUUGGCCCCACUGUGGGCACUCCCCUGGGACACCCCUCCCCAGGGCUGCCCCAUUCCAGCCCCAGGGUGGGUCCUGCUGGGAGCCCUCCAUCCCUGGGGGGGUCCCAGGUGGGGGUGGGCAGCCUGGCACCCCCCUCAGCACCUGGGCCUCCCCAGCAGCCACCUUCCUCCCAGCCUGUGUCUUCCCUGGGACCGACCCCUGCCACUGGCGUCACCACCACCAGUGUCACUGCCACCGUCACAGCUGCCACCAGCCCAGAAAGGCUCGGGGACAUGGGGACGGUCACAGCAGAGCCACGUGCUGCUGUGCCUCAGGGGGAUGUGGUGGGGCUGACGUGGGGGGCCCCAACUCAGGAGCCCACUGUGAUGCCCGGGCCCCCCCAGGAGCCCACAGAUUCCCCUGGGUGGGGCCCUGGGUCCUCCCCAGCUGCUGUGGACACAGACCUGGCCCUACCAUCGAGCAGCCCCGGAGGGAGGACAGACACUGACACCCCGCAGGUGACACUGGUUGAGGUGGGCAGGGCCCCACAGGUGUUCAUCGUAGACGAUCAGCCGCCGCUCCUGAGAGCACCCCUCCUGCGCAUCCCCUGUGAGCUGGUGCUGGACAUGGGCUUCGUCCCGGCGCUGCAGGACCCCGGCUCCCCCGAGCGCCAGGAGCUGCUGCAGAGCUUCAACCAGACGGUCCCUCCGCUCUUCCGCUCCGUGCCCGGCUUCCUGCGGCUGGAGGUGACGGCCAUCAGGGAGGGCAGCGUGGUGCUGACCUACGACGCGCUCUUCGCGGCCGAGCAGCUGCCGGUGCCGGGGCUGGACGAGCUCCUCGGGGCCGCGCUGGGCCCUGCCCGUGCCCCGGCGGGGCUGGCGGGGCUGGGCCCCGUCCUGCGCCACGCGGCUCCGGCGCGGCCGCUGGAGCCCUGUGCUGCGCUCUUCGCCUGCCCGCCCGGCUUCGCCUGCGUGCCCAGGGCGGACGGGAACGCGACCUGCACCUCCCUGUGCCACCGCGGCUACUGCAAGAACCACGGCAUCUGCUCGCACGCCCGGGGCCACCAGCCCCGCUGCCAGUGCCCCGCGGGCAGCGAUUUCUGGUUCAUGGGGCUGCGCUGCGACUACCGGGUGACACAGCAGAGCCUGCUGGGCGUGGCGGCCGGGGUCCUGCUCAGCAUCGUCCUCCUGGGCGCCGUCCUCGCCGCCAUCGCCGUCCGCCGCUUCAAGGCGCUGCUGCUGGAGGCCAGGGCCGAGCAGACCCGCAGCAGCUACCGCCGUUUCUGCCGCCUGGACGAUGUCUCAGCCCAGUACUGGUCGCGCUCGGGGCUGCCCUCGGCCAGCUCUCUGGACAACCCGGCCUUCAGCAACUCGGAGGAGCUGCUGCAGCUGCAGGUGCUGGAGGGCGCCUGCUGCGGCUGCCGGGGGGACUCGGCUGUCCCCGCUGGAGCCAAGCGGGGCCCGACGCCCUGCGCCCACCCGCGCUGCCGGCCCAGUUUCCACUAUGACUGGGACACCAGCUCCAGCAGCAUGAACGACCCCAUGGUGGACUCGGGGAAAGCCAGUGACAUCUCCGUGUCGAGCUGGCCCCUGGAGCCCACACAGUGGGCUCCCUUCCCUCUCCUCCAGCAGCUUUCCAGGCAGCGACCGCACAAGGCCCGCUGGCCGCAGUCCGUCUGCGAGGGGCUGGAGCUGGGCACGCUGGAGCGCAGCUGGACAGCCUGAGGCCACGGCAACACACGGCAGCGAGUUCAGCUUUUAAACCAACCACAUUUUAUUUCCACGUAACGAGCUCAGUGAAGGAAUUCCACACACUUGGACGAUACAAUCAACGCGGGUGUGAUGUCAGUGAUGUCAGUCCCAGCGGGGCGGGGGCCCGGAGAGCCCCGGCCCCGGUUCCUGUCCGCGCCUCGCGAGCUCUGGCUGGGACUGCAGACUCCAGAGCAGGCAGAUACAGAGAGGUGUCAGGACACACAGUGCUGGCAUCCACCAGGUCAGGACUUAGAGGGCGGUGUGGGCAGGAAGGCUGGCAGUUCUGGAGGGCACGUCACGCCCUGGACGCGGCUCUGCCCCACGGCCGCCACAGGACGAGCUCAGCCCCGCCGCAGGCAGACACGGAAGCGCCGCUGCGUCGUUCAUCGUGAUUCGUGUCAAUGAGGUAUAAACACCAGGAUGUCGUAAGCAUUAAAGUUUAUUUUCCAAAAUGCUCUCCUUAUUCGCACGUGUCCUCUGGAGCAUCGAGCUGGGCACAAAUGGUGGGGGCUGGAAAUGGGGCGCUGCACGGAGGGCAAGGGGUUCCAAAGGUGCUCGGAUAGAAAAGGAAAAGCAAGCUGCAGUUCUACACUUAGACUCUCAUAGUCUCAGAGGGGGCACGUUGAGGGAGAUUUUUGCUAGAAUAAAAUGCAGAUCUCUUCAUAAAAAAAUCAGUUUGCUAAAAGAAAACUCAGCCUAUGGGAAUACAGAGCUAUCGGAUCGGUCGAUAUUCUCAUCGUAUAGAAAACAGCCUACAAAUAAAGUCACAAAAAAUAGACAGUUAUAUGCUGAGCAGCCAAAAACAUCAUGAUUUAUUAAUAUCUGGAGAAACUUCAUAAUUCAAACACAACCAAACUGUACAUUUUACAAUCACAUUCUAUUUGUAAACAGUUAAAAGCCACUGACUUCUUUUGCAUCUUCGGACACAAACAUUAGAAUCAAGGCAAUGAAAUGAUGGCGAUUUCUGCACUGUUAAAAUUUUUACCCUUGCCUAGUCUGGAAUUCAUGGACUAAACAAGCAUUCAAUAAUACCUUUUGUGGCAAGAGGAUGUAACUCGUUCACUUUUGCGAGAAAGUACUUGCGAGAACUUUUUCAACAUUAAAACUGGAUACACACACGAUCUGUAAGCCCAGCCCGUGGUUACAGGAUGCAUAGUUACUCAGGUCGCUCGGGGACACGGCCCCACGGUAACACAGUCACAGAGCAGGAACAGCCACUCGAUGGGAUUACAAAAACUCGGAUAACUACGGAUUAUUAGCAAACCACCACCACUCACUAAGAAAAGACAGCGUCAAAAGCAGAAUGUCCAACUCCAGCUUGAAGCGUUUUUUUUUUUGGCAGAGAAAAGUCUUACAGAGCAAUAAGUAUUAUCAGUGCUAAAAGUUGAGUUUUUUUUUUUUUUCCUAUAAGAAACUACAAGGAGUUUUUACUGGGGAACUGGUUUUCCUGAGAGCCAUGCUCUUUGAUUUAGGAUACAGGAAUAGAAAACAAAAGGACAUGGCCAAACACUGUUCGUUAUUCCCAGAGAUAGAAAGCAUCUUUUUCAUUCUCAAUUUUUUUUUUUUGUCUUUUUAAAAAUUUUUAAAAUGAUGGAAGAGUAAACAUUUUUCUCAAAAAACAAAAAAAAUAUUCUGUAAACAAGAAGGUGCCAACACAGGCACCCCCAAAACAAAAUUGAAAGCCUAUUGAAAGUGCAGGACCCCCCUGGCUUGCAGGCUGGGUUGCAAGUCACAGCUGUGGCCACAGUUUUUUAAACUGCAGAGCUAAAUUCUUUAGUUUUAUACAUGAAAAAACUGGUGCAAUACUUUCAUUCAUAAUCCUAAGUCAGUAUCCUAACUCGAUCUUGGAACGCCACGACACCACGAGCAGGUAGGCAAACAUCAAGGCAUAGUAGAGAGCGCACACUGUUUGUAGGAACAUCCUUGAGUAAACACUUACACGUGAGCUGCUGCCACCCACGGCCACCGCGGGGAGCAGCAGUCAGUGCAACGUCAGAAAAGCUCAUACUCCAACAUCAUCAGCAAAAUGCAAAUAAAAAGGAAAAAAAAAAAAAAAAAAA